UGCCCAGGCGGCAGCCGAGCCCCGUACAGGUGGACAUUCCUUCUGUUCCGAUGCACUGGGACUGACAGCGGUGCGGGCCAAUCAGCGCUCAGUCAAUGCUAAUAUCCACCAAUCAGCGUUGGGUAAACGAAGGGGCCGCUGUGGAACGCGAGCCCAGCCGGGGAAUAGCAGCAGUGACCUGUUUAAGUUGCGUUCUCCGAGGAGGGGCGUUCGUGGUCACAGUCCCCGGGCGCUCAUUCACUCCCUCCAGGCACAGUGCAGGCACGGAGUAACAGAGCUCCACCAUGCGUCGCCUGAGCGCCUCUCUAAGUAAAGGGUUAAUUGCCUGCCAUUGAUUGCACGGUUUAAUUCAUGUCUCCGGGGGACUGUGCUCAGUGAAAGCCCUUCAUAGGUGCUCCAGACAGACAGCUCGCCCCCCUGCUGAGCACAGCCAUGGCCAAGACACCCAGCGCUGCCCUCAGAGCUGAUGAAUUCUCAUUUGUUAGCCCCGCGGUCAAAUACCUCUUAUUCUUCUUCAACAUGCUGUUCUGGGUUAUAUCCAUGGUGAUGGUGGGAAUUGGAGUCUAUGCACGGCUAAUGAAACAUGCUGAGGCUGCCAUGGCCUGCCUUGCUGUAGAUCCUGCCCUAUUCCUUAUCGCGGUUGGCGUUUUGAUGUUUCUCAUUACAUUUUGCGGCUGUAUUGGGUCCCUGCGGGAGAACAUCUGCCUCCUUCAAGCUUUCUCCAUUUGUCUGACACUAAUCUUCCUGCUGCAACUGGCUGCCGGCAUACUGGGAUUUGUCUUUUCUGAUAAGGCCCGUGGGAAAGUUAGUGAAAUUAUCAAUAAUGCAAUUGUGCACUAUCGAGAUGACUUGGACCUGCAGAAUCUAAUUGACUUUGGGCAGAAAGAGUUCAGCUGCUGUGGUGCUAUCUCAUACAAGGACUGGUCCCAAAAUAUGUAUUUCAACUGCUCUUCAGAGAACCUCAGCCGUGAACGUUGUUCAGUUCCGUAUUCGUGCUGUCUACACGAAGAGGACCAGGCUGUCAUCAACACCAUGUGUGGGCAGGGCAUGCAGUCGCUGGACUACAUGGAGGCUGGAGUACAUAUCCAUACUAAUGGUUGCAUUGACAGACUGGUUAACUGGUUACAUACCAACCUGUUCCUGCUGGGAGGGGUAGCUCUGGGGUUUGCCAUUCCUCAGUUGGUUGGGAUUCUUCUUUCUCAAAUCCUGAUCAACCAAAUCCAGGACCAGAUAAAACUUCAGAAGUACAACCUUCAACACAGAGCAGAUCCUUGGUACUGACAUAGAGAGAAGUGGCUGCGCCCCACACUGCUGUGAAAUGGAUAUACUGCUCCAGAACUGGGGGACAGUCUGUGCAGGAUGUGUGAGCAGGGUUUGAAUGUUUCUAAAAGCUAAACUCUAUCUUGACAGAAUGCUGAGCUUACCAAACAAAUAUUUAUCUGUCAUGAAUAGAGACUGGAGCAAAGAUGGCUUACUGUUUAAAAUGACUGAAGAACCAUAAGACUGCAUUGUGCUCAAGUGAAGAAGUGAGCAUUCAGCACGUGUGAUGUUGCAGUUACAUUCAUACUAUGGUUAAAACUAACCCCGGCUUAUAUUUUAUUGUUGGAUAUGAAAUGCUAACACGUUCUGUAAAAAGUAAGGGUUUAAAGUUAUAAUUUUAAAGUGGAAUAGUCCUUUAUAAAACAUGUAGCUCAGUAAACUUCAGAUAGGAGUUCAGAUUUAAUUAAUUUACUGAAUUGGUAGAAUUAUCAGCAAAUGAAUGAAUUAAAAUACAUACAUGGCAGAACCCUUGUUUUACCAUCGCAGUGAAUGCGAGACGAUGGGGGUGUAUCUGCCUGCAGUGCAAAUUACAAUGGCCUUUUUAUUUAUAUGUCCAUUCAAUUUUAAAAGUAAGGUGAUACUUUUUCCUUUCUGUAUAUUUUCUGUUUGCUUCUAUUUUGCAGGGUUGUAUUGAAAUAUGUUUUUAUUUUCUCAAAAUGGAAUGGUGUAGUCCAAAUUUUCUCAAAAUUAAUGUUACUAGUCAAAGUGCACCAGGACAGGUUCAAAUAUGUAUUAUAAUGAAAUAUGCACAUUGCAGGAAGAAAAUCAUCAAAACGUCUAUAGAUUUAAACAUGUGUUAACUUGAAUCCUUUAGCAUCCUCCAAGAUGACUGCCUCAGUUGAUCCUAGAGGGUGCACAUGCCCAACCCUGUUAGAUGAGCUUUCUUAAACCAGAAACUGCCUUUUCUUGUUUUUCAUUUAAUGUAGUUUCUACAUUUUUGGUAUAAAUGUUACAUAUUAUUUUACCUCCAGAGUGGAAUUCAGUGCAUGGUGGCAAAACUGCAUAGCUAAUCACUGCUCUAAACUUGCUUUCCCCCAAGGAAUCAUGCAGGUCUAAAAUAAGCAAUAGAGCAUUAUUUCAUUAUAGUCAUACACAAAGAGGAAGCACCUGUCAUAACAUAUACAGUAUUGUUCAUUACAUGUGUAAUGAUUUAAAAAAACACAGAUAUUCCUCUGUAGACAAUCUCCAAUCGUGCUAUUCCCCUUGGUUGCAGCAAGGAAGUGGCUGAAUUAGUUGCUUAAAGGAACACUAUAGUCACCUAAAUUACUUUAGUUAAAUAAAGCAGUUUUAGUGUAUAGAUCAUUCCCCUGCGAUUUCACUGCUCAAUUCACUGCCAUUUAGGAGUUAAAUCACUUUGUUUCUGUUUAUG